UUGAGCUCAAAUUGUGUUACCACCAGCAACAGAGGCGGCGAAGAGUGCAGGGAGAGAUUGCUUUCCCAUAUAUAUUUUUAUUAUUUUUUAUGACAUGAACUGUUUCGCCUAGUUGUCACGGGGAACAAAGGAGAGGAUAACCACUUGUGCCCAGAACACGUUGCGACCUAACUGCUCUCAUACCUCCCUUGCUCCCUCUCUCUGCAUGUGGAGCAGAGAUCCAGGCAAAUCUACCUAAUGAUCCGUGCAGUGAUAUAGCCCCAUUUUAAGCAUGAACCAGAGGAGUCCUUAGCCGCCUGGGGCUGGGGAAGCCUUAGCUCCUUUCUCGCUCUUUGUGAGAGUCUCCCUCCCCUCAGCCGGCAAAAGUGCGGUUGGAGCUCAGUGUGCGAGUGCGUGUACAGGGACGCUCACAGAAGGGAGCAUCGUCCGUCCGGGAGAUCUGGAGCUCGGUGCGGACUAGACCCCUGCUCCUGCCGCUGACGGAGCCAGCAGCUCGGUCUACUGGAGUCGGCGGGUCUCCCCUGAUUUUUACAUUUUUCGUUCGUAUUAUUUUGUGUUGUCAAACGCCGUGAUGUUGCGCUGUGCUGCAAAUGUGCUAGUGGCUGGAUUGUUCUUCUUGGGAUUUUUGCACAGUUUCUCGGUGAUUCCUGGCAGAGCUAUUGACGCCACCCCGAAGACCUGCAGUCCGAAGCAGUUUGUGUGUAGAGAUCAGGUGACCUGCAUCUCCAAAGGAUGGAGAUGCGACGGCGAGAAGGACUGUCCCGACGGUUCAGAUGAGGCCUCAGACGUCUGUCCCCAUAUCCGGGUGUCCAAAUGCCCCCCUAAUGAGUACCAGUGCCAAGGGACGGAGCUGUGCAUCCACAUGAGCAAGCUGUGUGACGGUGUCCCCGACUGCACUGAUGGAGGAGACGAGGGACCCCACUGCAGAGAGCAAAACUGUACUGCCUGUGCGGAUAGCUGCGCUAUGACCAGAACAGGCGCCCUGUGCUACUGCAAGCCUGGAUAUGAGAUCGCCGAGGACGGAAAAACUUGCAAAGAUUUUGACGAGUGCACCAUGUAUGGCACAUGCAGUCAGACGUGUACCAACACGGACGGCUCGUACUCCUGCUCAUGUGUGGAGGGAUACCUGCCCCUGUCAGACCUCCGCUCCUGCAAGGCCAAGAACGUUCCUGUGGACCGCCUGCCCGUCCUGCUCAUCGCCAACUCCCAGAACAUCCAGGCCACGUCCCUGACGGGCGGCCAGGGCCCCAGCCUGCCCUUCACCGGCACCAAGCAGACCACCGCCAUGGACUUCCUGUACGCACAGGAAACGGUCUGCUGGAUCCACGUGGGCGACGCCCCCGCCGGAACGCAGCUCAAGUGUGCCAAGAUCCCCAACCUGAAGAGCGUCACCGACGAGAGAGUCAUCAACAUCUCGCUCAGCCUGCACAAUGUGGAGCAGAUGGCCAUUGACUGGCUGACAGGAAACUUCUACUUUGUGGACGAUGUUGACGACCGCGUGUUUGUGUGUGACAAGGACGGUGCUACCUGUGUCACCCUGCUGGACCAGGAGCUGUACAACCCCAAGGGCAUCGCUCUCGAUCCCAGCAUGGGGAAGGUCUUCUUCACUGACUAUGGCCAGAUCCCCAAGGUGGAGCGCUGCGACAUGGACGGCCAGAACCGCACCAAGCUGGUGGACAGCAAGAUCGUCUUCCCCCACGGCAUCACGCUGGACCUGGUCAGCCGGCUGGUCUACUGGGCCGACGCCUACCUGGAUUACAUAGAGGUGGUGGACUACGAGGGCAAGAACCGGCAGACCAUCAUCCAGGGUCUACUGAUUGAGCACCUGUAUGGGCUGACUGUGUUUGAGAACUACCUGUACGCCACCAACUCUGACAAUGCCAACAUGCAGCCCAAGACCAGCGUCAUCCGCAUCAACCGCUUCAACAGCUCCGAACACAUGGUGAUCUCCCGCGUGGACAAGGGAGGGGCCCUGCACGUCUAUCACCAGAGGAGGCAGCCUCCAGUGCGGAGUCACGCCUGUGAGUUGGACCAGCAUGGGAAGGCAGGUGGCUGCUCGGACAUCUGCCUGCUGGGCAACAGCCAUAAGACCCGCACCUGCCGCUGCCGAUCUGGCUUCAGCCUGGGCAGCGAUGGCAAGUCCUGCAAAAAGCCAGAGCACGAGCUCUUCCUAGUGUAUGGUAAGGGUCGUCCGGGGGUCAUCCGUGGCAUGGACAUGAAUGCCAAGGUGCCGGAUGAAUACAUGAUCCCCAUAGAGAACCUGAUGAACCCCCGCGCCCUGGACUUCCACGCCGCCAGCGAGUUCAUCUACUUCGCCGACGCCACCAGCUACAUCAUCGGGCGCCAGAAGAUCGACGGCACAGAGAGAGACACCAUAGUCAAGGAAGGCAUUCAUACUGUAGAGGGCAUCGCAGUGGACUGGAUGGCCGAUAACUUGUACUGGACUGACGACGGACCCAAGAAGACCAUCAGUGUGGCGCGGCUGGAGAAAGCUUCUCAGACGAGGAAGACCCUCAUCGAGGGCAAGAUGACCCACCCUCGUGCCAUCGUGGUGGACCCACAGAAUGGCUGGAUGUACUGGACAGACUGGGAGGAGGACCCGAAGGCCAGCAAGCGCGGCAAGAUCGAGAAGGCCUGGAUGGACGGGACACACCGCGAAGUGCUGCUCUCCUCCAAGACCGUGCUGUGGCCCAAUGGCCUGAGCCUGGACGUGCCGGCGGGCAUCCUCUACUGGGUAGACGCCUACUAUGACCGCAUCGAGAUGGUCGACCUCAACACCACUGAGCGCAAGACGGUGUACGAGGGUGACCAGUUGAACCACGCCUUUGGCCUGUGCCACUACAACAACUUCCUGUUCUGGAACGAGUACCGCAACGGCCUGAUCUACAAGCUGGACAUGACCAGCAAGGCCGUCACCCUGCUCCGCAACGAGCGGCCGCCCAUCUUUGAGAUCCGCAUGUACGAUGCCCAGCAACAGCAAGGCUCCAACAUGUGCCGCGUGCACAACGGCGGCUGCAGCAGCCUGUGCCUGGCCACUCCGGAGGGCCGCACGUGUGCCUGCGCUGAGGACCAGCUCCUGGACCCCGCUGACAACACCAGCUGCAAGGCAAACCCAUCCUACAUUCCCCCUCCGCAGUGUCAGAAGGGUGAGUUUGCGUGUAAGAAUAACCGCUGCAUCCAGGAGCGCUGGAAGUGUGACGGGGACAACGACUGCCUGGACAACAGUGACGAGGCCCCCGAGCUCUGCCAUCAGCACACUUGCCCCGCCGAUCGCUUUAAGUGCCAGAAUAACCGCUGCAUCCCCCUGCGCUGGCUUUGUGACGGGGACAAUGACUGCGGAAAUGACGAGGAUGAGUCCAACUCCACCUGCUCAGCCCGAACGUGCCCGCCCAACCAGUACUCCUGUGCCAGCGGCCGGUGUAUUCCGCAGUCCUGGACCUGUGACCUGGAUGACGACUGUGGUGAUCGCUCCGAUGAGCCUGCCUCAUGUGCCUACCCUACCUGCUUCCCCCUCACUCAGUUCACCUGUGACAACGGCCGCUGCAUCAACAUCAACUGGCGCUGCGACAAUGAAAAGGAUUGUGGGGACGGCUCUGAUGAGUUGAAUUGUCCGAACCCAACCGACAAUGACUGCGGGGACAACAGUGACGAGGCAGGCUGCAGCCACUCCUGCUCCAGCUCGCAGUUCAAGUGCAACAGCGGCCGCUGCAUCCCCGACUACUGGACCUGCGAUGGAGACAACGACUGUGGCGACUAUAGUGACGAGACACACGCCAACUGUACCAAUCAGGCCACCCGUCCACCUGGCGGCUGUCACACGGAUGAGUACCAGUGUCGGAUGGAUGGCUUGUGCAUCCCCAUGCGCUGGAGAUGUGACGGUGACACCGACUGCAUGGACCUGAGUGACGAGAAGAACUGCGAUGGCGUCACGCACAUGUGCGACCCUGCUGUCAAGUUUGGCUGCAGGGACUCUGCACGCUGUAUCAGUAAGGCCUGGGUGUGCGACGGUGACAGCGACUGCGAGGACAACUCGGACGAGGACAACUGUGAGUCCCUGAUCUGCAAGAUGUCCCACCGUGUGUGUGCCAACGACUCCAGCAUCUGCCUGCCCAGGGAGAGCAUGUGUGACGGCCACGUGGACUGUCCAGAUGGCUCCGACGAGAAACUCUGUGACCUGUGCCAGGUGUUCAAUGGCGGCUGUAGCCACAACUGCACUGUGGCGCCCGGCGAGGGAAUCCUGUGUUCGUGCCCGCUGGGCAUGGAGUUGGGCAGCGACAACAAGACCUGCCAGAUACAGGGCUUCUGCGCCAAGCACCUCAAGUGCAGCCAGCGCUGCGAACAGCACAAGUUCACCGUCGAGUGUGACUGCUAUGAGGGCUGGGCCCUCGAGCCGGACAAGGAGAGUUGCCGGAGUACAGAUCCAUUCAUGCCAUUCAUCAUCUUCUCCAACCGCCAUGAGAUCCGACGCAUCGACCUCUACAAGGGCGAGUUCAGCGUGCUGGUCCCGGGCCUGAGGAACACCAUUGCCCUGGACUUCCAUCUCAACGAGAGCACCCUCUACUGGACCGACGUGGUAGAGGACAAGAUAUACCGUGGCAAGAUAUCCGAUAGCGGAGCGCUGACCAGUUUUGAUGUGGUGAUCCAGUACGGCCUGGCCACUCCUGAGGGCUUGGCUGUGGACUGGAUCGCUGGCAACAUCUACUGGGUGGAGAGUAACCUGGACCAGAUCGAGGUGGCCAAGCUGGACGGCACCAUGAGGACCACGCUGCUGGCCGGAGAGGUGGAGCACCCCCGCGCCAUCGCACUCGACCCACGCGAAGGUAUUCUCUUCUGGACGGACUGGGACGCCAGUCUGCCGCGUAUUGAGGCGGCCUCCAUGAGUGGCGAGGGCCGGCGCAUCGUGCACAAGGAGACGGGCAAUGGCGGCUGGCCCAACGGCCUCACCGUGGACUACCUGGAGCGCCGCAUCCUCUGGAUCGAUGCCAGGUCUGACGCCAUCUAUUCGGCCAAGUACGACGGCUCCGGGCUGAUCGAGGUGCUGAGGGGGCACGAGUACCUGUCUCACCCCUUCGCCGUCACCAUGUACGGGGGAGAGGUGUACUGGACAGACUGGCGCACCAACACGCUGGCCAAGGCCAACAAGUGGACGGGGAACAACGUGACGGUGGUGCAGAGGACCAACACGCAGCCAUUUGACCUGCAGGUCUACCACCCCUCCAGGCAGCCACAGGCUCCAAAUCCAUGUGAGAAUAACCCCUGCUCCCACCUGUGCCUGAUCAACUACAACCAGACCUACGCCUGUGCCUGUCCCCACUUGAUGCGGCUGGGCAAAGACAAGCAGACCUGCUUUGAGUCCCGUCAGUUCCUGCUAUACGCGCGUCAGAUUGAGAUCCGUGGUGUGGAUAUCUACAACCCCUACUAUAACUACAUCAUCUCCUUCACCGUGCCGGACAUCGACAACGUGACGGUGGUGGACUACGACGCCCUGGAGCAGCGCAUCUACUGGUCCGACGUCCGCACGCAGACCAUCAAGCGCGCCUUCAUCAACGGCACCGGCGUGGAGACCGUGGUGUCUGCUGACUUGCCCAAUGGCCACGGCCUGGCGGUGGACUGGGUGUCCAGGAACCUCUUCUGGACCAGCUACGAUGCCAAUAAGAAGCAGAUCAACGUGGCGCGCCUGGACGGCUCCUUCAAGAACGCGGUGAUCCAGGGGCUGGACAAGCCCCACUGCCUGGUGCUGCACCCCAUUCUCGGAAAGCUGUACUGGACAGACGGAGACAACAUCAGCAUGGCAAACACAGACGGUAGCAACCGCAGCGUCCUCUUCACCAAUCAGAAAGGCCCUGUGGGCCUGUCGAUUGACUUUGAUGCGGAGCAGCUGUACUGGGUGAGCACGGGCAACAGCACCAUCAACCGCUGCAGGCUGGAUGGCUCAGGCCUGGAGGUCCUCGAAGGCAUGAAGGGCAAACUCAACAAGGCCUCUGCACUCGCCAUCAUGGGUGAGAAGCUGUGGUGGGCGGACCAGGGCACAGACCAGAUAGGCACAUGUGACAAGAGUGAUGGGGGCAACUGGAAGGUGCUGAGGAACAACACCUCACCUAUGAUGCACAUGAAGAUCUACAAUGAGACCGUGCAGAUGGGUAAAGGUACUAACAUGUGCAGUCAUAACAAUGGAGACUGCUCCCAGCUGUGCCUCCCCACCUCCCCCACCACCAGAGCCUGCAUGUGCACGGCCGGCUACAGCCUCAAGAGUGGACAGCAGUCCUGCGAAGGUGUGGGGUCGUUCCUGCUGUACUCUGUUCAUGAGGGCAUCCGUGGCAUCCCGCUGGACCCAGCAGACAAGUCUGAUUCCCUGGUGCCCGUGUCGGGAACAUCCCUUGCCGUUGGCAUUGACUUCCAUGCUGAUAAUGACACCAUCUACUGGGUGGACAUGGGCCUGAGCACCAUCAGCAGGGCCAAGCGGGACCAGACCUGGAGGGAGGACGUGGUGACCAACGGCAUUGGACGCGUGGAGGGCAUCGCUGUGGACUGGAUCGCUGGGAACAUCUACUGGACGGACCAGGGCUUUGACGUGAUCGAGGUGGCCCGCCUCAACGGCUCCUUCCGCUAUGUGGUCAUCUCCCAGGGGCUGGACAAGCCCAGAGCCAUCACCGUGCACCCCGAGAAAGGGUACUUGUUCUGGACUGAGUGGGGCCAAUAUCCACGUAUUGAGCGCUCGCGUCUGGACGGCUCCCAGAGGGCAGUGCUGGUCAACGUCAGCAUCAGCUGGCCCAACGGCAUCUCCAUUGACUACCAGGAGGGCCUGCUGUACUGGUGUGAUGCGCGCACUGACAAGAUCGAGCGCAUUAACCUGGAGACGGGCGAGAACCGGGAGGUGGUCCUCAGCAGCAACAACAUGGACAUGUUCUCCGUCUCUGUGUUUGAGAGCUACAUUUACUGGAGUGACAGAACCCAUGCCAACGGGUCCAUUAAGAGGGGGAACAAAGACAACGCCACGGACUCCAUCUCCCUCAGGACUGGCAUCGGUGUACAGCUCAAAGACAUCAAGGUCUUCAACCGUGCCAGACAACAGGGAACCAACGUGUGCAAAGACAACAACGGCGGGUGUCAGCAGCUGUGCCUGUUCCGUGGCAACGGCCAGCACACCUGCGCCUGCGCCCACGGCAUGCUGGCCGAGGACGGGCGCACCUGCCGGGACUACGACGGCUACCUGCUCUACUCGGAGCGGACCAUACUAAAGAGCGUGCACCUGUCGGACGAGAACAACCUCAACGCGCCCAUCAAGCCGUUUGAGGACCCGGACUUCAUGAAGAACGUCAUAGCGCUGACGUUCGACUACCGCGGUGGCGGCGGCAAAGGAGCCAACCGGAUCUUCUUCAGCGACAUUCACUUCGGUAACAUUCAGCAGAUAAGCGACGACGGCUCCGAUCGGAAGACAGUGGUGGAAAGUGUGGGUUCGGUGGAAGGCCUGGCGUACCACCGGGCCUGGGACACGCUCUACUGGACCAGCUACACCACCUCCACCAUCACGCGCCACACGGUGGACCAGAACCGGCACGGGGCCUACAACCGCGAGGUGGUGGUCACGCUGUCAGGGGACGACCACCCCCGAGCCUUCGCCCUGGACGAGUGCCAGAACCUCAUGUUCUGGACCAACUGGAAUGAGCAGUCUCCCUGCAUCAUGCGCUCCACUCUGUCUGGUGCCAACAUGCUGGUGAUCAUUGGCCAUGACAUCCGCACCCCCAACGGCCUGGCCAUCGACCACCGCGCAGAGAAGCUCUACUUCAGCGAUGCGACGCUUGACAAGAUCGAACGCUGCGAGUAUGACGGCACGCACCGCUACGUGGUUCUGAAGAAUGAGCCGGUGCACCCGUUCGGGCUGGCGGUGUAUGGAGACUACAUCUUCUGGACCGACUGGGUCCGGCGCUCCGUGCUCCGAGCUGACAAAUACGUGGGCGGAGACAUGAAGGUCCUCCGCGCUGACAUCCCACAGCAGCCAAUGGGAAUCGUCGCUGUGGCCAACGACACCAAUAGUUGCGAGUUCUCUCCAUGCCGUGUCAAUAACGGCGGUUGCCAGGACCUCUGUCUCCUGUCCUCUGAGGGGCGGGUCAACUGCAGUUGCCGCGGAGAUCGCAAGCUGCUCGACGACAACACCUGCGUCUCCCUGAAUGGAACCUGUAGCAGCAUUGAGCACUUUGAGUGUGGCAACGGAGACUGCAUCAACUAUACUCUCACCUGCGAUGGUGUGGCCAACUGCAAAGACAAGUCGGAUGAGAAACAGUCAUACUGCACUAACCGCGCGUGUAAAAAGAGCUACAGGAAGUGUGUGAAUGGCCGCUGUGCCCCCGCCACCUCCUGGUGCAAUGGGCGCGACGACUGCGGAGAUAACUCAGACGAGCUCUUCUGCAAUGCUACCCUGUGCUCAGCGGACCAGUUCCAGUGCAGAGACGGCGGCUGCAUCACCAACACCAGCCGCUGCAACCAGAGAGUGGACUGUGAGGACGCCUCCGACGAAAUGAACUGCACUGCCACUGACUGCUCAAGCUACUUCCGUCUGGGAGUGAAGGGCAUCACCUUCCAGCACUGCGAGUUCACCACGCUCUGCUACGCCCCAGCCUGGCGCUGCGACGGGGCCAACGACUGCGGAGACUACUCGGACGAGAGGAACUGCCCAGAGAAAAAGAAGGAGAAGUGUCCGCACAGCUAUUUUGCGUGUCCCAGUGGCCGCUGCAUCCCCAUGACCUGGACCUGCGACAAGGAGAACGACUGUGAGAACGGGGCUGACGAGAUCAACUGCUAUAAGUCCUGUACUGACUCCCGGUUCGAGUGUGCCAACCACCGCUGCAUCUCUGCCAGCUGGAUGUGCGACGGAGCCGAUGACUGUGGAGACGGUUCUGAUGAAGGCGCGCUUUGCAAGAACACCACAUGCAGCCCAGAGUCCUUCAAGUGUCCGGGCUCCAACAAGUGCAUCUCGCGCCGCUGGCUGUGUGAUGGUGACAGGGACUGCCCUGAUGGGGGUGACGAGAGUGUCCUGGCUGGAUGUGUGUUCAACAACACGUGUGAGCAGACUGAGUUCAUGUGCCAGAAUAGACAGUGCAUCCCUCGCCACUUCAUGUGUGACCAUGACAAGGACUGCGAUGAUGGCUCAGACGAGUCCCCAGAGUGUGAGUACCCCACCUGCAAGCCUAACGAGUUCCGCUGUGCAAAUGGCCGCUGCCUCAUCCACACCGGCUGGGAGUGUGACGGGGAGUUUGACUGCCACGACCGCUCAGACGAGGCGCCCAAGAACCCUCGCUGCAACAGCCCAGAGAAGAAGUGCAACGACACAGCGUACAUGUGCGCCAACGGCAACUGCAUCAACGAGACGCUGCUGUGUAACCAUAACGACGACUGUGGCGACGGCUCAGACGAGCUCAACUGCUUCGUUAACGAGUGCAUCAACAGCAAGCUGAGCGGCUGCACGCAGCUGUGUGAGGACCUCAAGAUCGGCUUUAAGUGCCGGUGUCACCCAGGCUUCCGCUUGAAGGACGAUGGGAAGACGUGCGUGGACAUUGACGAGUGCAGCACCAGCUACCCCUGCACGCAGCACUGUGUCAACACCCACGGCAGCUUCCACUGCCUCUGCGAAGAGGGCUUCGAACUCAGACCAGAGGAGCCCACCAUCUGCAAGUCCACCUCAGAAAUCGAGCCUUUCCUGAUCUUUGCCAACCGAUACUACCUGAGGAAACUGAACCUUGAUGGAAACAACUACACACUGAUUAGACAGGGCUUGAACAACGCAGUGGCUCUGGACUUUGACUACCGAGAGCAGAUGAUCUACUGGACGGACGUGACCACUCAGGGCAGCAUGAUUAGGCGCAUGCACAUCAACGGCAGUGACGUGCAGGUCCUUCAUCGUACAUCACUAAGCAACCCUGACGGGCUGGCUGUUGAUUGGGUGGGAGGGAACCUGUACUGGUGCGAUAAGGGGCGGGACACCAUCGAGGUGUCCAAGCUGAACGGAGCCUACCGCACCAUCCUGGUCAACAGCGGCCUGCGAGAGCCACGCGCAGUUGCUGUGGACGUCCGCAAUGGGUACCUGUACUGGACUGACUGGGGCGAUAACCCCCACAUCGGGCGUAUCGGUAUGGACGGCAGCAACCGCAGCGUGAUCGUGCAGGAUCGCAUCACCUGGCCCAACGGCCUCACGCUGGACUUCAUCAACGACCGCAUCUACUGGGCCGACGCCCGAGAGGACUACAUCGAGUUUGCCGACCUGGAUGGCACCAACAGGCACACAGUUCUGAACCAGGACAUCCCCCACAUCUUUGCCAUGACCCUGUUUGAGGAGUUCAUCUACUGGACGGACUGGGAGACCAAGUCCAUCAACCGGGCCCACAAGACCCAGGGCACCAACAAGACCAUGCUCAUCAGUACCCUGCACCGGCCCAUGGACAUCCACAUCUACCACCCCUACAGGCAACCUGAGGUGAAGAACCACCCAUGCCAGGAGGACAAUGGCGGCUGCAGUAACCUGUGCCUGCUGUCCCCAGGCGGGGGGCAUAAGUGUGCCUGCCCCACCAACUUCUACCUGGCCGCAGACGGCCGCCAGUGCAUGUCCAACUGCACCGCCAGCCAGUUUGUGUGUAAGAAUGAUAAGUGCAUUCCGUUCUGGUGGCGUUGUGACACGGAGGACGACUGCGGUGACAACUCAGAUGAGCCAGCAGACUGUCCUCAGUUUAAGUGUCGUCCUGGCCAGUUCCAGUGUGGUACGGGGAUCUGCACCAACCCAGCAUACAUCUGUGAUGGAGACAAUGACUGUCAGGACAACUCAGACGAGGCCAACUGCGAUAUCCACGUGUGUCUGCCCAGCCAGUUCAAGUGCACGCACCCGAGUCGCUGCAUCCCUGGAAUCUUCCGCUGCAACGGACAGAACAACUGUGGCCAGGGAGAGGAUGAGAAGGACUGCCCGGAGGUCACCUGCGCCCCUAACCAGUUCCAGUGCGCCAUCUCCAAGCGCUGCAUCCCGCGCGUCUGGAUGUGCGACCGCGACACGGACUGUGUGGACGGCUCAGACGAACCACCCGACUGCAACCAGCUGACGUGCGGUGUGGAUGAGUUCCGCUGUAAGGAGUCAGGCCGCUGCAUCCCGGCGCGCUGGAAAUGCGACGGAGAGGACGACUGUGGAGACGCGUCAGACGAACCCAAAGAGGAGUGCGAUGAGAGGACGUGUGAGCCGUAUCAGUUCCGCUGCAAGAACAACCGAUGCGUUCCCGGACGUUGGCAGUGUGACUAUGACAAUGACUGCGGUGACAACUCAGAUGAAGACAACUGUGUUCCGCGUAAGUGUUCUGAGAGUGAGUUUGCCUGCACUAAUGGUCGCUGCAUUGCGGGCCGCUGGAAGUGUGAUGGUGACCACGACUGUGCCGAUGGAUCAGAUGAGGAUGGCUGUGAAGUGAAGUGUGAUAGUGACCAGUUCAAGUGUAAGAAUGGCCACUGCAUCCCUAUCCGCUGGAGGUGCGAUGCCGACCCCGACUGCAUGGACGGCAGUGACGAGGAGAGCUGUGACACUGGAGUGGGUCGCCACUGCCCCCUGGAUGAGUUCCAGUGUAACAACACCCUGUGUAAGCCCCUGGGCUGGCACUGUGAUGGAGAGGACGACUGUGGAGACAACUCAGACGAGAACCCAGAGGAGUGCCGGAGGUUCCAGUGUCCUCCGACCAGGCAGUUCCGUUGUCAUAACAACCGAGUGUGCCUGCCCGUUGCUAAGCAGUGCGACGGUGUGGACAACUGUGGCGAUAACAGCGAUGAAGCCAACUGCCAGCCUGUGUCUCCUGCGGUGUGUGAGAAGGAUGAGUUCAGGUGUAGUAAUGGCCGCUGCGUCAGCCCCACUCUCGUCUGCAACUCCUUCAACGACUGUGAGGACUACGGCUCAGACGAAACUAACUGCGACAAGAAAGACUCUGUGUGUGGCCAUGAGUGCAGUGGUAGUGAUGAGACGCACUGCGUGGUCAACGGCACCGUCUCCUACUGCUCCUGCAAGACAGGCUUCGUCAGGACCGGACACUACUCCUGCGAAGAUAAGGACGAGUGCAGUCAGUUUGGCAUCUGUUCACACAUCUGCAACAACACCAAGGGCUCCCACAAGUGCCUGUGCCACAAACACUUCACCCGCGUCAACGACACCUGCAAAGCCGACACCAUCUCGGGCGUAGGCAAGGUGCUGUACAUCGCCGACGACAAUGAGAUCCGCAACCUGAACCCGGGCUCGCCGCGCCUGGUCUAUGGCCAGACCUUCCAGGGCGACGCCUCGGUGCGCAUCGACGCCAUGGACCUGCACGUCAAGACCAGCCGCAUCUACUGGACCAACUGGCACACGGGCCGCAUCUCCUGCUACGAGCUGCCCCCGCCCUCGCCGGCCUCCAGCCGCGCCGCCCCCGCCCGCUCCGUUAGGCAGGCAGAGACACCGCGCCUCACACACCUGGAGAUCUCGGGCCUGAAGAUGCCGAGGGGCAUCGCUGUGGACUGGGUAGCGGGCAACAUCUACUGGACGGACUCUGGCCGUGACGUCAUCGAGGUGGCCCAGCUGAGCGGGCAGCACCGGAAGACUCUCAUCUCCGGCAUGAUCGACGAGCCCUACGCCAUCGUGGUCGACCCACCCCGAGGUAAAAUGUACUGGGCUGACCGAGGCAACCACCCCAAGAUCGAGACGGCAGCCAUGGACGGCACCAUGAGGGAGACACUGGUGCACGAGAACAUCCAGUGGCCUACUGGUCUGGCGGUGGACUAUUUUAAUGAGCGUCUGUACUGGGCGGAUGCUAAGCUGUCUGUGAUCGGCAGUGUGCGACUCAAUGGCAGUGACCCCAUCAUCGCCGUCUCCAGCAUUAAGAACAUGCUCCACCACCCCUUCAGCAUCGACGUGUUUGAGGACUACAUCUACGGCGUGACCUACAUCAACAACCUGGUGUUCCGCGUCAACAAGUUUGGUAGGGGCAACGUUGAGAACCUGACCACCAGCAUGAACCACGCCACUGACAUCGCUCUCUACCACCGCUACAAACAGCCAGAGAUGACUAACCCAUGUGAUAGGAAGAAGUGUGAGUGGUUGUGUCUGCUGAGCCCCAGUGGUCCUGUGUGCACCUGCCCCAACGGCCACGUGCUGCACAACUCCACCUGUGUGGAGAUGCCCACACCUACUCUGUCUCCUAUUGCGCCCCCUAGUGGGCCGUGUCAUGUGCAGUGCCUGAACGGGGGCAGCUGCUUCCUCAAUGCCCGCAAACAGCCCAAGUGCCGCUGCCAGCCCAACUACGGCGGCGAGCGCUGCGAGAUCGACCAGUGCAGAGACUACUGCCAGAAUGGAGGCACCUGCUCUGCCUCUCCCACAGGUUCUCCUACGUGUCGCUGUCUGACGGGCUUCACGGGGCCCAGUUGUAACCUCCGCACGUGUCAGAACUACUGCCAGAAUGGCGGCAACUGCACAGUCAACCGUGGCAACCAGCCCGUCUGCAGCUGUCCCAGCAGCUUCCUGGGAGACCAGUGCCAGUACCGUCAGUGCGAUGGCUUCUGUGCUCACGGUGGAAUGUGCCUGGAGGCCAUGGACAGCUCCCGUCACUGCCGCUGUCCUCCUCGUUACCUGGGCAACACCUGCGAGGUCGACAAGUGCCACUACUGCCGCGACGGCACCUGCGAACCCAUCAACCCCAAACAGCCCCAAGGGGACGUCACAUGCAGCUGUGCCAAUGGUAAGAAGCAGCCCAGCUGUUACUCAUGCGAUGAAUACUGUGCCAACGGCCAGUGCACAUUCAACCCCCACACCCAGCUGCCAGAGUGCAAGUGUCCAUCUGGUUACGAGGGAUACCGCUGUCAGGUCCUCACUCCUAAUGUGAAUGCAGAGACAGGUGGCCGCACAGCCUCCAUAGUGAUUCCGGUGAUCUUGCUGCUGCUUCUGCUGCUGGUGGCUGGAGGAGCAGCCUUCUGGUACAGGAAAAGAAUGAGCGGAGCUAAAGGCUUCCAGCACCAGAGGAUGACCAACGGGGCCAUGAAUGUGGAGAUCGGCAACCCAGCGUACAAGAUCUACGAGGGGGAGCCGGACGAUGACGUCGGAGAGCUCCUAGACUCUGACUUCACGCUAGACCCAGAUAAGCCCACCAACUUCACCAACCCUGUGUACGCCACCCUGUACAUGGGAGCGCACAACAGCCGCAACUCACUGGCCAGCACGGACGAGAAGAAGGAGCUAUUGUCACGGGGGGACGAGGAGCCCCUGGUGGAUCCACUCACAUAGACUGUCCAUUGGAGCAGGCCAUACCAUUCAGAAAAACACCCCCCAUUGCCUUUUAAAAAGAAAGAAGAAAGUGCGAGAGGAAGAAGAAUCAACGGAAAAAAAUUGUGAACACUGUAUAAAAUGUACAAAAUGAAGGACUACUUUUGUAUGUGAUUGCAGUAUUAUAUUUUGUUCUUUUACAAUUCUUCAGUGUGAAACGAACAAGAGAAAAAGAAACAUUUUCUAUGAGAUUUCUUUUUUUCUUUUCUCUUUGUUUUGGUUCCUUACCCUACACCUUAAUAGCCACUACCUCUGUGCAAAAUGGAACAGAAAAAUUAGAAAAAAAAUGACAUCGAAACGAUUUUAAUUUUUUAUUUUUGUAUGAAGUGUAUAGAGAAAAGAAGAAAAAAAAACACACCGUUCCAUUUCAAUAGUGCCAAUUCUGUUUUCCGUGCCGGGUUGUCGGGAGAGGAUGCACACUGUCCCUAGCUCGCCGGCAGGACCAACGGCGUCUCGAAAACAGUAUUUUAAUCUUCCACCUGUCGCUAGGGCCAAUCGUGGUGAGUUUGUGUACAGCACAUAAUUAAUGUCAAACCCUGAUCUGGGGAUUUGAAUAGCUCCCUUUUUAAUUUCAUAGAGGUAUAUGUUCAACAAUGAUUGUUCUCCUUGCACAGACUUUUUUGUUUGUUUGUUUGUUUUCCUUCUGUUUUCCUUUUGGGUGUAGGCUAAUAUGCCGUACGGUUAGGCGUGAGCAAGAAAAUGUAUUCAUUGCUUUUAUCAUAUCCUACUGGCUUACAGUGACAUGAUUGCCAUGGAGUCAGGAGUUGUGCUGAAGCAUAUGGGAUCGUCCGUGAAGCAGAGAGAGAGAGAGAAAGAGAGCGAGAGAGAGAGAGAGAGAGAGAGAGAGAGAGAGAGAGAGAGAGAGAGAGAGAGAGAGAGAGAGAAUGGUACGGUGCGUGUUCGGUACCUGUGGGUGUGUGGAUGUGGACCGUGUUGGGAAUGAACUGCGGUGCAGUGACGAGAGAGACGGCUCUUCUGAGUGUCCAGCUGAUGUCCACCCAUGCCAGCAGCAUAUUGGAAGGAGGGCCAAUACAAAAGCACAGAGGCAUGUGGGUGAAAUCUGUGUGUGUGUGUGUGUGUGUGUGUGUGUGUGUGUGUGUGUGUGUGUGUGUGUGUGUGUGUGUGUGU